CCUUAACUUAAACAUCUCUGCCUUAUAUAUUCUUCGCUCCACGUCCGGCACUGAAAUAAUUUGUAAUCAAACUCCUCUCAAAGCAAAUGAAUAUUACUUGUCUACCAUUCAUCUAAUUUUUUUCUUUCAUUAUACUUAGAUUAGAUGAAGAAGAUAAUAAACGAGCUUAGCCAUGGCUUUUGCGUUAUUUUCCUCCGCCUUUUUAUAUUUGUGGCUUGUGCCGCAGCACAAACUGCAGAAACGGCGCCAAAACCACCAUAUUCAUUUGACAGAAAUAUCAAAAUAAAUCCACCUAUGGCUAUAAUUCUUGUUACCCUAAUCAGUGUAUUUUUUGCUAUGGGAAUUGUUUCAGUUUACGUACGUCAAUGUGCUGAACGCCGCUUUGCCAACGACUUCGUACACGUAGAUGAAAAUUCUCUCCGCGGGGCAGCUCGUGGUAUAGACCCAAAUGUCAUUAACUCUUUUCCUAUGUUUCUUUACUCUGAUGUUAAGGAUCUCAAAAUUGGUACAUCUGCAUUAGAAUGUGCUGUUUGCUUAAACGAGUUCGAAGAUGAUGAAACUCUUCGACUUCUUCCUACAUGUUGCCACGUGUUCCACCCUGAUUGUAUUGAUGCUUGGCUAAUUUCCCAUAUUACCUGUCCCGUUUGUCGUGCUAAUUUACUCUCUAAACCCGGUGAUGAGAAAAUCACGGUUCUUGGUCAUUACCCAAUAAAUUCCGAGUCACCCGACCUGGAAUUUGGUAACCUGGUUCAUGAAGUGAAUGACUCGGUGAUUGAUAUAAAUGUUGCAUCUCCUGAAGUGAUAAACAUAGCACAAACACCAGUACACAAUCGUCCACCAAGGUCAACGCAAAAACGACAGAAAAUUACAGGAAAAUUCCCGAGGUCUCACUCGACCGGUCACUCACUGAUUCAACCCGGUCAGGAUUGUGAACGGUUUACUUUAAGAUUACCAGAGGAGGUUCGGAACAAAUUGAUUAACUCGGGUUUGAGUCGAGCACAAAGCAACUCGCCGUUUCCAAGGGAGAGAAGUGUGAGGAAUGGGUACAGAAGUAGUAGUGUGGGAACCGGUUCAGCACGGAUUAAUCAUGGUUAUUACGAGCGGUUUAAUGAGGAAGGACGGGCGGACCGGUGGGGGUUUAUGAAUGUGCCUCCUUUCUUUUCGAGAGGCGGUUCAACCCGGUCGUCUAAGGAUGGUAACGGAGGAGCUGGUGAUGAUAUAACGGCGGUUAACAAGAAUUUGUUUAAGACUGUUAAGCUUCCGUUUGAUCGCAUUUUUGAGAAAGAUAGCACGGGUGAAAGAUCGUUUAAUAAACUUAGGUUAGGUAGUUCAAGCAAUUGAGAUACUUAUAUGAUAUUCUUUUUAAACCUUAAAUUUGUUGUACUAAUUUGUAUAUACUUACAUUUGUUAGUUUUAUGAUAUUAUCUUCUUAUCAUUUCAAUU